UAAUUUUUGUCGGCGCAGGUCUCUGAUACAUACAAUUACGUUGAAAAUUAUUGUUAAGAAAAUUUGUUAUUAAUUUUUCUUAAAAUUGUACCACUAUCUUAAAGCGGCUUGAGAGCUAUGGAUAAUUUAACGACAGAUAAUAUAAAUGAUAAUAGUAUUUGUAAGCCUGAUUCUAGCAACAAACGUAAACGCCACUAUUCUUCAACACAAACAGAAUCUUCAGAUGAGUCACCAAAAAAGAAAAUAGCAACAACAACAACGUCGGCAUCGCAUAUAGACAAUGUAAAUGCAACAUUCAUAACAAAAAAUGGUGGUGCUGAAGAUGAGCACCCACAGCAUGAUACAAUUAAUGUUGGCAAUGAAGAAGAAUCUCAAUUUUUGUUAGAGGAAUUAUGCGAUGAAGUGUUAUAUGAGAUAUUUAAAUUCUUAGAUACUUGGUCUUUGAUGGCGUUAAUGAAUGUCUGCAAACGUUUUCAAAAAUUUGUUUUGGACAAACGUUUAUGGGAAAACAUCGAUCUCAGUCAGGAACCUUUGCCAUUGGGCAUUUUAGAAGAUAUGCUAGAACGGUCUCAUGAUAAAACUAAAAGCAUUAAACUAAGAGGACCAUCUCCUUCACAGCAUAUUGAGGGAGAGAUACAACAUUUCAAUAAAACUAUACUCAAUUCUUUAACUACAAGAUGUACAAAAUUAGUAACAUUAGAAUUGUAUGGUGUAACAUUGGAUUUUAAUCAGAUUGCCUUAAAAGAUUUUCCUCAAACACUUAAACGUUUGGUUCUCAACACUUGCAACGUUCGUGUUGUCAGUAACAAGUCAUUAUUUACUGGCAUCGAGACGAUUUUGGUUAAUUUGGAAGAGCUAGCAAUUGAAGAUAAUUCUUGGUUUGAUCCCUACUAUGUUAUGCCUUUAUCAAAAUUGCCUGUAUUACGUUAUUUGAGUCUAAAAGGUUGUUGGCUUAUGCAAGAAUUUAUACCAUAUGGCAGUAUAGCGGCACGACACGGUUUCAAACAGUUGGAAGUUUUAGAUUUACGCGAUACACCCUUGAAUGAUUCCGAUUUACAGUGUUUCAAUACUGUUGAGACUUUAAAAGAAAUUUAUUUACAGUGUCCGGAAGAAGAAGAAGAUAACACCAGUAUGCAAGCUAUAUCGUCUUCAGGCACCCAAAGCGAAAUGAGCAAUAAUCAAGAAUCGAAUUCAAGCACAAAUUUUGAUACACUUUCAGAAAUGCCCUCUACAUCCUCCAACUCACCGGAAAAUGCAAAUAGUUCUCUAAAUUCUGAAACGCCUUCUACCUCUAGAUCACAUACUGAUACAGAUAGAAGUGAGGAUAUACGUGAGAAAACGGAUGAAUCAUUAAAUACACCAGCAUCUUUAUAUUUUACUGAUAGUGAAUCUGCAUCAUCAUCCUCUUCCUCUUCAGCUUCUUCGCCUAAGUCGAAUAGCAUUGCUGAGAAUAAUGCUGCUGCUACAAGCUCAACUCCAAGUACUUUGUCUCAAGGUUUAAGUUUAUCACCAAAUAUUGUACCUUUAGUAGGUACAAAUGCUCCAACUCGUAGCCGUUUUCUACCACGGCCAGAUCAUAUAUUUUACUUAAAUGUCCGUAAUCGAAUUUCAAUCGAUUGCUCGCAUAUAAACGUACGUGAUCAGAAUAUUGUUAGACCUCUAAGACGGCCUCGUCCGCCACAACAACAACCACAGCAGAAUCAGCAACAACAGCAACAACAAUCUCCUCCACCCGUUAUCGAACAAUUGAUGCGCCACAACAUGUUUUGGGAUAUCGUAAAUCCUUUGGGUCGUGUUGUAGGUGUGGGUGGUCCUGACCGUUUAUUCGGCGAAGAAAACGGUGCUGAAUAUCACUUAAAUCUAUUUUCAUUAUCUUCUUCGUACCGCCAACAAUCCCGUGGUACUAUUUCGGAUCGUGGUGUUUGUUGUUUUGGUCGCACCCGCCAACCCGUACAACAAGGUGUCAUCUGGAUACGUUUCAAUAAUCGCCCAUAUGAAAAUCGUUUUGAACGUUUUUCUGUACGUGACUAUAAAUCGGUCACGGAUGUUUCGUUGCAACAUUUAGUGCAAUGUUCUCCGCAUUUGAUAUUCUUGGAUGUUAGCGGCACUAGUGUUACUUUAGAGGGGCUACAACGUUUUAAGGAAUUGAAACCCGAGUGUAAAGUUGUAGCUGAACACUUAUUAGGUGUGACGAAAACUGAAGCCACAGUAUCGUGAAACAGUAUUAAGUGAAGAAUAAAUGAUCUUUAUAAAGUGAAUGAACUAGAGCGGUAGAGCGGCAUUUAAAGUUUUAAAACAUUUUAUGUGUAAGCAGGGCACACAGAAAAUAUAAGAGUUUGAUCAGUUAGCUGAACAUAUUGCUUCAGACAUCCUGGCAUGUGGAACAAAUAAUUUUAAAUAAUUCCUUUAUUCUUCUAUAUAUUAAAUAUUUACAAUAAUACAUUAAAACAAUGUAAAAAAAAACUAAUCAUGUAAGCAAAAACAUUUUUAGAGCCAUUUUUAUUAUUAAUUUAGUUAGUUUUUUUUCUCUUUUCAUUUUUUAUAAAUCGGGUUUUUAUAAAAACUUAUUUUAUUUGCAAU